AUGCCCACUGUGACUCAGCAAAUGGAUUCGACGAAACAACGAGACAACGGUCAAAGAACUGGCGCAAAAACUGCUUCAGGACCGAGGUCAGCACGUGGGCCGAUGGACGGUACAGCGCCAGCUCAAACAAAUGGCUACAAGGGUACUUUGCCAUACGCUACGCCAAUGCUGACACAAAAGCAGAAAGAUGCGCGUGUCCAGUGGGCAAUUCAACACAAGGACGACGAUUGGAGCCGAACAAUAUUUACCGACGAAAUCUGUUAA